AUGGAUCCGUUUGCGAACUACAUGGUGCAGUGCGCAAUCGAGCACAGCGAUCGCACGACUGCUGCGCAGUACGUUGUGGCGCACUUCGCCGGCAACAUGCUGCAGAUGAGUUGCAACAAGCACGCCAGCAACGUGCUGGAGGUCGUCCUGCGGUGCUGCGGCGAGGUCCCGGCGGUGCGGCGCCUUUUCCUGGACGAGCUGGUGUUUAACCCGGCCGCCCUGAAGGAGGUGGUGAGUGACCUGUACGGGAACUUUGUGGUGCAGGCGCUGAUCGGCGUUGUGACGAACCCGAUGGAGUUCAAGCGGGUGGAGGACCGCCUGCGCCCUGCACUGGUGGGGUGCCAGUUCGCAGCGAAGAUCGAGGGGAAGAUGAAGGCAAAGCGUCCUGUCCCGCCCCACACGGGCGGUGCGCCGCACCAUCAUCCCCACUCGCAGUUGCACCAGGAGCGAGAGGAACCGCGUACCGUACCAUGCCGUGCCUACCACGAUGCAGAGCCUCGGGUGGCUUACGACAAGGCGUGCUUGUUGACACGCCCCGCAGCCAUGCCAGCUGGCGAAAGGUUGGUGUCAGCGUCGGCGAAGCAUUUUCGGCACUCACCCUACGAACUGCCUCAAUUUGUUGCCGUGCCAUGCAGCGUUAUCGGCAGAAGCGCACGUGGCAUUUUGUAUGGCUCUCCCUCAGCUGCGCAUCGUUACAUGCAACAGCAGCUCCAGCGACAGGCGCCCUCACAGUAA